UCACAGAACAUGCGCAUGUUCAUGUCAGGUGUAGUGUAAGAGGAAUAAUAUUUUGGCUUUGAGGAGGCCUAAAAUUAGCCGGAAAAUGCAUAAAUUAAAAUUUUCACAAAGGGACAAAGUGAAAAAAUUCAUCACAUUUACACAAACUGGUGAACAAACUGCAAUAUACUGUUUAGCUCAAAAUGAUUGGAAACUUGAUCUGGCAAGCGACAAUUACUUCCAAAAUCCGGAUCUUUAUUAUAAAGAACCAAAAAAUUCUGUUGAUAAAAAAAAGUUGGAAGUAUUAUACAACAAAUAUCAAGAUCCAAGUGAACCCAAUAAAAUUACUGCAGAUGGUAUUAUGAAAUUUUUGGAUGAUUUAAAUUUAAGUCCAGAAAGUAAACUAGUUUUAAUUAUUGCAUGGAAAUUUCGUGCAGAAACACAAUGUGAAUUUACUAAGGAAGAAUUUAUGAAUGGCAUGAUGGAUUUGGGAGUGGAUAGUAUAGACAAGUUAAAAGCACGUUUAGGUAGUUUAGAAAAUGAAUUAAGAGAUCCUCUAAAAUUCAAGGACUUCUAUCAUUUCACAUUUAAUUAUGCGAAGAAUACGGGACAGAAAGGUUUAGAUUUGGACAUGGCAAUUGCUUAUUGGAACAUCGUAUUAGAUGACAAAUUCAAAUUUCUUCAAUUAUGGUGUCAGUUCUUACAGGAACAUCAUAAAAGAUCAAUUCCAAAAGACACGUGGAAUUUGUUGCUAGAUUUUGCACUUAUGAUUAAUUCAGAUAUGAGUAAUUAUGAUGAAGAGGGAGCUUGGCCUGUAUUAAUCGAUGAUUUUGUAGAAUGGGCACAACCUCGUGUUCGUCAAUCCCUCUAACGUUGUUUUGGCAACACACACAUACAUGAUAAAUUUAUUUAUUUGAUUGUAAAACAUUUUUUACCAAAUUUCACUUAAUAAUUUUGCCAGUGAGAAUUAAGAAUGAUUCCAGUAACAUAAAACAUCAUCUUACUUUCUGUACAUGAUCACAGAUAAAUCAAUACAUAUAGACUAUAAUGACUCAUAGUAUAUUAUAGCAGUCAUAUGUAAUAUGCAUUCUGAGAUUGUAUGAUACAUUUCUUUAAUAGGUGUUCACUUUCAUUUGCAGAAAGAAAUAGCGUAUUUCUUUAAACUUGAUAUAAACUUGUUGUUUACAAAUAUUUGUGUGAAUCUUACUAACCAUAUAGUGUAUACGAAAUUGUUAUUUAUAAAAUAGUUUAACUGCAAUACUUUUGAUUUAUCUUCGAAGAGGAGAAACAACAUUGCCUUGAUAUUGAGCAUAUUGUACAAAGUAAUAUGAUGUAUAAGAUGUUUAUUUAUACAUGGAAAUACGGCAAAAAAGUUUGCUCAACUACCCCUGAAUCAGGGGGUAUUUGCAGACAAUUUUUAGAAAGAAUAUUCCUUAAUCCAUUCUCUUUUAACAAACUGUUUUGGAAGUAAAACCACAGAGGGAUUAGCUUAUACGUUUGUGUAGAUAGUAAUUUCUAGAAAUUGCGUUGUUGAAGAAAUUGUUACUAAAUAAAUUCUGCGAUACUCUCUAUUACACGAUACAUCUACUGUACAUAAGAACACAAAGAGAAAAAAAUCUGUAUAUUUUAGACAUCCAUACAAAUUCUGGCACCAUUUUACUUAUCUUUUUAUAUUAAACUUAGGUUAAAAAUAAGAUGACUAAAAACUUCAUUUCUUAUGUAACAUAAGAAAAGAUCAAUAUUGUGUACUUUUGAAUAAGUGCUCUAGACAAAAAAUAAAGAUUUUUUUAUAAAAUUAAACUAUAAUUUUGUCCAAAUUAAAUAUAUAUAUAUAUAUA